GCCUCCGUCGCCGAGACACCAACCGCCGACGCCCAAGGCUAAAUCCUCCACGGGCCAACCGCAACACGUCAUAAUUGAACCGAGCUCAAGAUACAUCCAUACAAUUCCAGCAUUCAACUCCACAGACGCCUCGCUUCACUGAUUGUCGGGGAACAUUGCUGGGUUUCCAUCGGUAGGAUGGGUGGCGCAGUUAGGUCCCCCGCACUUCAUCAGUGAUCACGAACACCAGCUGUGCAUGUCUACCGUGGGUGUUUAGGCAACCACCUUAUGUACCUUAUACCAGGCUUUUUGAAGCCUUCUACUUCAUUUGUCCCGUUCUCGGAAAAGACGAGAAGCAUGGCAGCUCGAACCAAUAAAGAUAACAAGGAUGCCUCGGGGAAAUCCGAUGGCCGCCCUGGACUGGGGCAGCUGGCUGAGCAGCACUUGGAGGACAUGGACGCUUGCAUACAAAACAGUGGCCUCGCCCCUGACACCCUAGCCCAGUUGAAGUUGUGGCAAGAGCAGCAGGAACAAACCCUGAAGGCAUGGGCAAAGCGGCCGGGGCGGGAACACACCUCUGAUGCCGACCGGUUCGGAGAGAGCCUGCAAGACUGGGAGCGGGCAAAGGCAACCUUCAUGGCCCAGGCGGCUGAACACCCGAAAGAAGACAGUACGGCGCGAGAUUUCUUCUCUCACUCCAGCGCCAAACGCGUCAACACGGACACCGUCAUGGCCAAGUCGCUCAAACAGCAAUAUCCCAACCUCGAGCUUGUCAUCACCCCGGCCCGGACCUGCAAUUUGAUCGCUUAUGCCCAGGCCGGCUUGGCCUCUUUCGAAACCAUUGGAGAAUCCAGUGGGAAGAACCCCGAGUCGCUGUCCUGGGACCUUUACGUCGCCCCAGCCCGACGAUUGGACGGAGCCCAGGGCGGAAUUGCGGAACGUCCCUUCUUCGAGAAGUAUCUUUACAAGUGGCGUGGCCUGGAAUUCAUCAUCUACCUCGUCGACGGACGCGACGGCUCCCAGAACUACCCUUCGGUGAUCAACUACUACAUCCUAACGCCCACCAAGGACAAGGCGCAGCUGCUAAUUCUCGAGGUCGGGCGAUGGGGUGCCGACAUGCACGGGGAGAUUCUCGUCUUCGACGGUGGGUACUGGCAGAAGAGCGGCGAGCUCUUCAAUAGCAUCAUGAAGGCCUCGUGGGACGACGUCAUCCUGGAACCGACCAUGAAGCAAGCUGUUAUCGACGACCACCUGACCUUCUUCACCUCGCGUGAGACCUACACCCGCCUCAAGGUGCCCUGGAAGCGCGGCAUCAUUUACCACGGCCCCCCGGGAAACGGAAAGACCAUCUCCAUCAAGGCGACCAUGCACAUGCUGUACAAUCUCAAGCCAGCCGUGCCGACCCUCUACGUCCGUAGCUUGAGCUCGUUCAGUGGUCCCGAGUACUCAACUCAACAGAUUUUUGCCAAGGCCAGGGAGUUCGCCCCGUGCUACUUGGUCUUCGAGGACCUCGACUCGCUCGUCACGGAUAGCGUCCGCAGCUACUUCCUUAACGAGGUCGAUGGGCUCAAGAACAACGACGGCGUCUUCAUGGUUGGAAGUACAAAUCACUUGGAUCGUCUUGAUCCCGGUAUCUCCAAACGCCCUUCGAGAUUCGACCGAAAGUACUACUUCCCCGACCCGAACCUCAAGGAGCGCAUUCUGUACUGCCGAUACUGGCAGUCCAAGCUGUCCGAUAACAAGGAUAUCGAGUUCCCAAACGAGCUUUGCAACGCUAUUGCUGCGACCACGGACGACUUCAGCUUCGCAUAUAUCCAGGAAGCCUUCGUCGCUGCCCUGCUAUCCAUCGCGCAGAAGUCGAAGAAGCCUGGGAAGAGUGACGAGGCCGGCUGGACUGAGGAUCUGGGCGACGGAUGGGUUGGUAUCCUCGGAGGGGGUGAUGCUGACGGUGAUCUUGAGAAGCUUGUCUUGUGGGCCGAGAUCAAGAAACAGAUCGCUAUUUUGAGGGAGGGAAUGGAGGAAAAGCAGAAGGUCCAGAUGUAGAAGUUGGCUCAGGUUAGAUACGCACGUGGAUUGAUAGCAAGGGCAAUUUUCCAACAACGGCGAUUCCUGACCAUCGAUAUAAUAUGCUUGCCCUAUUUGUCGUAUCCAUCACUACUUCGUAUUCAUGAGGGUUCAUCAAUGAAUCCUCCCGUAUAAUAAGG